AUGUCUCUAUCACCAACUAUUAAUGAUUUCAAGCCUGUCUAUAACUUAGUUGAAUUAGAAUUAGAAGAUUAUGAAGAAAAUGAACUAGUUUUAGACACGAUUUAUGAGUUAAAAUUGUUUUUUCAAAAUCCUAAUAAUUGUACUUGCCGUCGAACACCAAAACAAAAAGUUCUUAGAACCUGUUUUGAAAAAAUAGAGUUUAAUCGUUUUUUUGAAAGACAUUUUGAGUUAAAAGCUUUAGAAAAACAUGAGCUUGAACUUUUUAUAAAAUUACAAUUAAUAUCAUUCGAAAUUAGUGAUAAAAAAUUAAAGAAUAAAACACAAAAGCAUACAUACAGAUAUAAUUAUAAUAGUUCAUUACUUCUUUGUAAACCUACAAAUACUGGGCGCGCAUCUAAAACAGAUUCAAGAGUUUUUUUAGAUCUUGCUAUAACAUUUCCAAUUAAACAAUUUUUAGUGCAAUAUGGAACAAUACACAGAUUUCCUUCUCCAUUACGGCAUCAAGAUGAUUCUGGUGUUUUUAUUUAUCUUCUGACUGGUCAAACCUAUGUUUCGCCAUGUACAAGUUAUCUUUGUGAGAUUUGUACUUCUUUUAAGGCUAAAUUAUUAGUCGCCAAACAGGAUAUUGAUGAAUAUAAUAAAGUCCAAGCCGAAUAUAACGAACAUACAGAGGCUGCAGAACGUGAAAGACAACAUUACAAUAACAAUAUUGAAGAGA